GUAAAAAGCAUGAAGUACCAAUGAUUAGAACUGUCAAGCUCAUUGAACACAUGAGUUUCCUUUAUUGGGUUUCAUUCCGAUGUAUAUAAAGGCUUUAGUUCUAUUAAAAAAACAUCCCAUAGCACUUGUCACAGCGUUCCGUGCACGUCCGGUGGACCGCUCUUGAGACGUCGUCUUCCCACGGGAAUCCCACUGCAAUUGCACUUCGUGUCACCCCGAACCCCCACAAAGAAUCUUCUGUCGUCUCAUCAACAACUCAUAAUGUUGUGAGGUUGAUGAACAUGUUGUGAAACCAAUCAUAAUGCUUUCUACAUGACAUCCACAUCCUUAUUCUGGAAGGAAACAAUCAUCCGGUCUUCUCAUCCAUGGCCACCAGGUCGAACGAGUCGAAUUUAAAGUGAUUAUCAACAUGAGCACCACUACACUCAUCGGAAGUCGGAAACCGACCCGGUGGCAAAAACAUGUAAUUUCUUUCAACAGCCACCAGAUGAGCUGAUGAGCUCAUAAGAAGGUGCAAAAACACAAACACUGGGGUGCCCACAGCCCCCCGACCUCAACAACAACUAUAUUUUUUACAUUCAAAUAAUGAACAGCGGGACGUGCUUGGCUGAGUUGAAGAAUCGUUGUUGCAAUCUCGUGGCUAGCACAGGCAUAUAUAUACGGCGUCUUGAUCAUUUUCAAGCCUCUGCAGGGAUUUGUUCUUUGAGUUUAGCAUGAGAAUCUGGUAUACAAUCAAAAAAACAUCCUGGCCAUUCAAUCUUCCUGUUCUUGGCUUUCUGGAAUUGCCACAGGCUCUGGUCUGGUAAAGCACAUCAGCCUGUAGCUGAACCUUUUCUGGACAUUUGACGUUGUCAUGCUUAGCUUGCUGUGCCAAGGACACAGCAGCAUUCUUGGUGCACAGUCAAAGGGCAGAACGAAUGGGGCGUCCUGUACCCUGCCUAUUGUUGGGCAGCUGGCCUGGGAUUUGGAGGCAUUGUGCUUUGGAGUGCAAUCCGCUUGCAGCAUGGGUACAGGGCGCGUGGGCAUGACCAGCCUCUGCAGGUUGCCAUUCAUGCACUUUGCCUUGCAGCUGCUGUUGUCCGUGUCGUCUACGUGGCUUCCGAGGCAAUCUUGGUUGACACAGCGCCUGGUGCAAGCAGCGUGGAAAAACUGGCUGGAGUGUUGUACACCGCCUUUUUUCUCCCUAUCAGCAGCUGCUUUUCUUUGCACUUGUCAGCACUGGCUGCGCCUCUUUGACUCCAUGGACUUGUCGCAAGAUGGAGAAGCUCUCGUGGAGAGCCCUUGGUACCGAAAUCCGCUGCUAUUGGUUUGCCUUCUUUUCCUCUCUCUGGAAGGAUUACAUGAUACUUUGUAUAUGCAAGGCGGUCACCCUGCUUUGAAUGGGAUGUACUUCUUUUGGCUCUCUCUAAUCAGCGUCCUUGCUGCGCUGCUUGGAGUGCGCAUUGCGUGGCGUUUGUACACCCGACUACGCCUGUGGCUAUCUGCUGACGAAAGAAACAUGGUUUUCAGAAGAACGAUUAUGUCCUCAGCUCUGGUCUCAGUAUGCUCUGUUUGUAUGCUGAUCCUCAGCGUGCUACAAGCACUAGUGGGUCGGUUCUAUCCAUGGCCUUGUCUUGUGUGCUGGAUCUUGGGUCGCUCCCUUGAGUUUGUGUACCUUGCGGUGGUGCUGAGAGCAGUCGGUCCAGCCCACACCGCACAUCCUAGCGUGACCAGUAGCAACUCCUUGCAUGGACUUCAAGAAGCCAGCUUUGCCGAAAGCGUGAGCAGCUGUGGCAGUCCAGGAAGAGAGGUGCAACACGGGGGACGGCAAUCUUUGUGGAUCACGACGCGCGGUCUUUCUGGAGGUCAGCGGUCUGCAGACUGACGCUUUCGAAAGCGAAUGCCUGGCGAAAGUUGCAAGUCCGCUCACUGUUCACAGUUCUUGCAACAGUGUCACGAAUACUUUGCACCACUAAGAUCUCUACUCUUUCAUGUUCUGUUGCACUCUUGAAGAUCCCCAGGAUCGCACCCCGGC